AUGGCUGGGUUUUCUCAGCUACAAGAUGACAGCGGGAGCAAUUUUGCAAGAUCUUAUAGCACUGUUGAGAGUGGCCAUAAUGAGGAAAUCUCAGAGCUAAGUCGUCAAGGCUCGUAUGAAUCGCAGACCCCAAGUUACGAGAGCAGUCAUUCAAGAAAUCCUCUUGCCAGACUUCUAUCAAGAGGCAGAAGCUCGACUUUGGGGAGCGACAAAGAAAGGUUAAAAGCAGACGACCAUCGUUUAUUGAACGAACAGCACGCGACGUCAAGGGGUCGGUUUACUUCAAGGAAGCUUAAAUGGAAAGUUGGAAGUGAGAAACACAACAGUGAAAGUUCUUUUUUAACUGAAAAUCAAAAGCAGUUUUUCCUGAAAUCUGCCGAGCCCUCGAGUAAGCUCAAUUCUGCCCCAUCGAUUGCCCAACUCUUCAAUCGCCCUCUUGCCAGUCACGGUGACAAAGAUUUGCUAAGAAAAGAGCAGCUGUCCAAAAAACAGCUAGGGCGCACCAAUGUCACCCUCUCCUCCCAAAGCUCCAACUCUUUAAUUCAGGAUGUGAAACUUGCCUCGAGGUUCCGCUUUAACAACCCCGAGUCAUCAGUGAUCGCUGCGCCAUCCAGCACUCAGUCCAACUCCUCCUCCUUACAAGGACUCCAUAGAAAAUACCUGAUGUCAGCCGAUCAGUUUAUCUUACAAAAGUGGAAUAAAAGCAUGGGGCUUGAAGUCAACGCGAACGUGAAGAGCUCUAAACACCCAAGCUAUCAAAAAUUAUCAGAUGAAUUUGAGGGUCUACUGGAGCAUUUGGAAAGAAUAUUUAAACCUCAAGAAAAGACACUUCGGACAACAAUGCCUUUGGAAUAUACUGUUGAGGAGCUUGCCCGUGUCGUGUAUCAUCGGAUAGUCGAGCCUACGUUUGAUCAACCAAAACUCGUAAAAUCUCCAAAUACCUUCGAGGAGAACCUCACGUUCAACCCUGUUCUUGAUGAUUCUAUUGACGAGGCUAAGGAGGUUCGACAGCACGAGGUGCUCCAUGAACUUUUGCAGUCUACCAAAUCAUGGCUAGCUUCUUUGAAGAGAAGCUGGCUUGAAUCUUUAAAAUUAUCCAAAGGUACCGAUAUUGACGCAAAGUUGAGUUUGGUGGAUCUUUGGAGAGCUUUGGCAGAAAUCUGGACUUAUUUCAACAAGUUUGUGCGCUUCACUCUUAUGCAAAUCCUAAUUCCAAGAGCGAUUCCAGCCCUUAAGGUCAUGUCUCGUACGCAGGUACCCUUAUGGGUAGCAAUUAUUUUCAAGGAGCAGAAUAAGUGCAACUUUGUACCGCCUUCAUGGUUGAAUGUUGAAACUUUGAGGGAAAAAUACGACGAAGAAGUUCAUAACAAGAAUCGAUUUUCGGAACUACCCUGGAAUUGGCAAGAGCUAGCUAAAAUCUAUUUCCGGCAUGCACCAGACGACUUGUCAGACACUGUGUCAGCUUUGUUCGGUAUACUUCAAGACAUAAAGGAGAUUAGAAAGCUGAAAGCGCAGAGGGGCCUCAAAGAGCUUAAUGAGUCCAAUGUUCAGUUAAAUGGACUUUCUGUUCUCGAGAUAAAUGAAAUAAAACCUUUUGUUUUGAAUGUGAUGAAUGAGCUACGAUUGUUGCACGGUGCUGCUGGUGGUGAGGGAGACUCGCACCAAUAUGACGAGGAUGUUCAAACACGUGAUGAUGAGAGGCUGAUCAUACUUCCCAUCAUUCAAGGAAAUAUUCCAGUUUUGCUCCCUGUAGCAUACGACGUUGUGAAUGCCAGGAAUAGCAUAAUUAGUCCCCAGGAUGCAUUGCUCGCGUUAGUAAAACAAUUGAAUCGCUCGCAAGGAGUCGUCAUCGAGAAGGUUGUCUUCGUGGACACUGUUGGCGGAAUUCCGUCUAUUGAACGUGAUCGUACCAGUCACGUAUUCAUAAACAAUUUACAAGAAUAUUCGGACAUUGUGUCGGAAUUGCACAUUGGGUUCUUAGAACCUGAGAUUCGAGAUCGACAUUUGUCUAAUCUUUCGCAUAUGCGAGAGCUUUUACUCGCAACCCAAUCAGAACUGAAGAGUGAGGCAACUGGAAUCAUCCUUCGGCCAGAGGACCUUACUCCUCAAGCGGACAUGCUAAAUCCGGUUGCAUAUAACAUUUUGACGGAUCGACCUUUGAUUUCAUCCUCCUUGCCACCAGGGCGCUUGAGAACUCCGCAAGUUACUACGUCCAUCAUCAAGAGUGGUUUCGAUGUCCAACUAUUCUACCCCACGGAGUCUGGGCAAAAAAGGUUCGAUAGCCUUAUUAAAAACAGCGGUAUCGAUGAGAGUAAGUUAUUGCUGAUGAUCGACGACUCAUUUGGUAGAAGGCUCGAACGGGAGGACUAUUUGAGAAGACUCAAUACUUGUCUUGAUUGCGUCAUCAUCAUUGGAAACUAUGAUGGUGGUGCAAUAAUAACGAAAGAGGAAACAUCUGAUGGUCAUAAAGUGCCUUACCUAGAUAAGUUUGCCAUUACCCAAAAAAACCAGGGCCUACCAAGCUUGGCAGAUGUCAUAUUCAAACUGAUGUUGCAGGCAUAUCCUGAAGAGUUAAUUUGGAGAUCUCGCAAUACGAAUCCUGUGAACAAGUGGUAUUUCGAGAGGUACCCAGAGAAGAUUCUGAUAAAGGUGAAUGUCAAGCACUUGAACGAUUGUACUUCUUUGAUGAACUAG